GGGAGGACGAGGGGGAAGGCGUGGGAAGCUGGGAAGGUAUAUUUUAAUAACAAAUUCCCCUCCCCUCCUACCCUUUUUUUCGCUCCUUAGCACUACCCACCAACAAAAUCUACCCCUCCAUCCACUUUUCUUAACUCCUUCAUCAUAGAAAAGUAACCGCUCUCCCGCCUUCAUCCGCUGGUCGUGCUGAUUUCUUUCUAUAUUUCCCCAAUCAAUCCAUCCCAAAGAAAACCAACCCUCCUAUUUUCCGAUCGAGCUACCAACAUUAUCGCAAUCAUGUCUGGUGCCGUCGCUGAUUUGGGCCUCAUUGGCUUGGCCGUCAUGGGUCAGAACUUGAUUCUAAACAUGGCCGACCAUGGCUUCACUAUCUGCGCAUACAACCGAACUGUCUCCAAGGUCGACCGAUUCUUGGCAAACGAGGCCAAGGGCAAGUCUAUCGUUGGUGCUCACUCCAACGAGGAGUUCAUCUCCAAGCUAAAGAAGCCCCGCCGUGUCAUGCUGCUGGUACAAGCUGGCAAGGCUGUCGACGACUGGAUCGAGACCCUACUUCCCCUCCUAGAGAAGGGAGAUAUCAUCAUUGAUGGUGGUAACUCUCACUUCCCCGAUUCGAACCGACGAACCCAAUACCUCAUCACCAAGGGUAUCCGAUUCGUCGGCUCCGGUGUUUCCGGUGGUGAGGAAGGUGCCCGAUAUGGUCCUUCCCUGAUGCCCGGUGGUAACGAAGAGGCAUGGCCCUACGUCAAGGAUAUUUUCCAGAGCAUCGCCGCCAAGAGUGACAACGAGCCGUGUUGUGAAUGGGUCGGUGACGAGGGUGCCGGUCACUACGUUAAGAUGGUACACAACGGUAUUGAGUACGGUGACAUGCAACUUAUUUGCGAGGCCUACGAUAUCAUGAAGCGUGGUCUUGGUCUCUCUAACAAGGAGAUCGGAGAUGUCUUCGCGAAGUGGAACAAGGGUGUCCUAGAUUCGUUCUUGAUCGAGAUCACCCGCGACAUCAUGUACUACAACGACGAUGACGGAACCGCUCUAGUCGAGAAGAUUCUUGACCAGGCUGGCCAGAAGGGUACCGGAAAGUGGACCGCUAUUAACGCCUUAGACCUUGGAAUGCCUGUCACUCUUAUCGCUGAAGCCGUGCUCGCUCGUUGCUUGUCAUCUAUUAAGGCCGAGCGAACUAAGGCCUCCAAGAAGCUAGAGUACGUCGGUCGCUCGAGCAAGUUCGAGGGCAGCAAGGAGCAAUUCCUUGAUGACCUUGAGCAAGCUCUAUAUGCUUCCAAGAUUAUCUCUUAUGCCCAGGGUUUCAUGUUGAUGCAAGAGGCCGCAAAAGAAUUCAAGUGGAAGCUCAACAAGCCCUCAAUUGCCCUCAUGUGGAGAGGUGGUUGCAUCAUCCGCUCCGUCUUCUUGAAGGACAUCACAGCGGCGUACCGAAACAACCCCGACCUUGAGAAUUUGUUGUUUGACGAUUUCUUCAACAAGGCUAUCCACAAGGCUCAGCCAGGCUGGAGAGAUGUUGUUGCUAAGGCUGCCGUGCUCGGAAUCCCGACACCCGCUUUCUCUACUGCUCUGUCAUGGUUCGACGGAUACCGCACACAAGAUUUACCCGCCAACCUCCUCCAGGCCCAACGUGACUACUUCGGAGCACACACUUUCCAGAUUAAGCCUGAGCACGCCAACGCCAAGUACCCCCAGGGUGAAUACCACCACGUUAACUGGACCGGCCGGGGUGGAAACGUUUCUGCCUCCACAUACCAAGCGUAAAAAACGAAUUGUUCAUAUAAGUGAUAUGAGCAUGUAUGCCAACUGUAAGAUUGGCAAAGGGGUAAGGCCGUUCUCAAUAGAAGGAAAAAGGGAUUAUUUGAAUUAUCAUGCUAUGGAUAACAUGACAUAGCCACAUGCAUGGUUUAGAAGAACGAAAAUAAAUAAAUGUGAAAUAGUUGACCUACCUUAAUGUUGACGGGCCUUUUGGAAGAACACAUUAGAUACCUCUAUAGACUUCUUGUUAAAGAUCUGCGUGUUGCCAUUUAGUGAAGUAUGUGGUACCUAGGAACUAUGGGGACAUAUAUGUAUUGUCAAUAGUGUUUCGGGAUAUAUUGAGUAGUAGAUAUCUUAAUUCUUGGGGUCGCUGGCGGUUGGGUUGAUGAUAAUAAGGAUCCGGGAUGGGAUAUUGUAGUAUCCACUUAUCCGGAUAGAGCUCAUUUCUAUAAACGUUUCAUCGGUUAAACGAUUUAUAAAGUGGACCACGUGAUGAUUGGUCCAAGCUUUUUGCGUAGCGGCUUCCCCAAAGGAUAGCUCUUGGGUCGUCGCGCAUCUUUCUUCGCGACUUUAUUACGAC